AUGGGAAAAGAGUUAUCACUCCUGACAUCGACAUUUUUUUUGUUCCCCAGGAUCAUCAGAACAAAGGUUCAGCAGCCUUUCCAUCCCUCUCCUGAUGGCUCAUCACUUUCAGCACCAGGCCAUACAAUAGUACCAAACACAUCCUCCCCACCUGUAAGUAGCGCCUCCAAUGACCCUGCGGGAUCCUAUUCCAUUAAUGGGAUUUUGGGUAUUCCUCGAUCCAAUGGAGAGAAGAGGAAAAGAGAUGACGAUGGUUCAGAUGGUUCUGGCCCAAACAGUGAUUCUCAGGGUAGCGUGGAGAGUUUACGGAAGCACCUAAGGGCAGACGCCUUCACUCAGCAGCAGCUGGAAGCCCUGGACCGGGUCUUUGAGCGCCCCUCGUACCCGGAUGUCUUCCCCCCAUCGGAUCAUGUCAAACCGGAACAGGCUAAUGAGUACUCGCUUCCUGUCCUGAAUUCCAGCCUGGACGAAGUCAAGCCCAGUUUAUCCUCUAGCGCCAACCCAGACCUGGGCCCCAGUGUGUCGCAAAGCUACCCUGUAGGCCGGGAUAUGGCCAACACAACUUUACCCGGGUAUCCCCCUCACGUUCCCCCCACAGGCCAGGGCAGCUACCCAACCUCCACGCUCGCUGGAAUGGUUCCUGGGAGUGAGUUUUCGGGGAACCCCUACAGUCAUCCACAGUACACAACCUACAAUGAAGCCUGGCGAUUCAGCAAUCCAGCGUUACUAAUGCCGCAUCGAGAGGCUCCGCCCCUCCCACUGCUGCCACUGCCUAUGACCGUCACUAGUUACCAUGGAAACCAAAUCAACCUGCAGGACCACGGCCUCAGUCUCCAUAUUGCCCAGGUGUGAACAGCACGACCCACUGGACACUGGGCAAAAAAGUGCAAAAAAUGUUCCCGACUCUCAAAAAAAAAAAAAAAAAAAAAAAAAAAGAAAAUAUAUGGAUUCAAGAUGACCGCCGUCUUCUCUCUGGAUUUUUUAUGGACACAAAAAGCCAAAAGAAAUAAAAACACCAUGACGAACACUGGAAGUUUGAAUCCUUGGCUAAUAGCAGUGGCUUAAAAACAAGCACUCUAGAAAGAAAAAAAAAACAUCUUGAAUUUAUUUCCCCUCCUGUGAUGCCACCAUUUCAUCCAACAGCGGAUCAAUACUGUACAUUCCUUUUCUCAAUGGGUCCCAGUAGGGACACUGUCCACAACUUAAAAUGUAUCGACUAUAUUUUCUUUUUUUCCUUUUGCCCUUUGUCUCCCACUCAAAUCAUAUUCCAAUGCACAGAGAUCAGGGGAGAUGAGCAGCAACUUGCGCAGGCUGUAGCGGCUUUUCCUUCAGUCCAUCUGAGCAGGCACUGACCAAACAUCCAGCUUGAGUGGGGAAAAAAAAUCAAUUGCUUUUGAUGCCAUGAGAAGAUUAGGACAAGUUAUCUGUGAGACACAAUCAAAAUGUAAACACGAAAAAUGGAAUAAAUGCCUGUUUGAAAAGUAGAGGGAGUCAUGAUAUUAAAGCACCAUGACCCUCUGUUUGCAAGAUUUCCAGGAAAGAUAUUCUUGAAAUAAUUUUCCUAAUUCCUUUUUUUUAUAAUUUGUAUGGACUAAAUCACAGCUUGGCUAAUGUUUGACUUGUUCUCUAUUUGUCAGGAAGGUAAUCAGGCAAAACCUUUUGAGCGUUUUAUUUUUAUGUUCAUUUUGCACUAUUUUGGAGGUUUGCAACACUGGACUGUGGUUAUGCAGAAUAAUAAAUGUGCAUAUUUGUUUUAUGUAAAAAAAAAAAAAAUGACUGUAAGUCUAAUGCGUCUCAGUCUGUAAAGGCACUUACAGUUUUAAAAAGCUCAUCAUCUCACUGACUUGAUGUGCACUAUACUACUUUAUGUUCUCACUGUUUAAGUUCAUUAAGUCUUUGGCAUUCAACCCCAGAAGUAAGGAUAUAACAGCCAUUCCAAGUCUAAUUUGUUUGGAUUCACUCUGAUUGGAUGAUUCUGAAAUCAAAAAGCAGGGUGACAAAUUCAGCUAUAAAUGCCUUAAACAUGUCCCCUCCUAACUUUAUGUCCUGCAUGUUUCAGGCAAAGUCCUUCUUUUUUUCCAGUGAAGCUGGAGUCAUUUUUUUUCUCCAUCUUUCAAGUGAAUGUAUUUGCGUUUGCCAAAGACUUAGUUCUUUAAUGUUAAUUUACAGGCUACCGAUAUGCAUUAUGAGAGCAGUAUUAUUAUUGUUUUUAUUAUUAUUAUUAUUAUUAUUAUUUUUAGAAAAUCCCACAAUGGUCAUAAGGAAAAUUAUAUGUAUAAAUUCUAUGCAGUGCAAAGAUGGUCAUCAUAUGCAUACUCAGCUGUAAACCUAAAGGUAGGUGAAGUUUAUUUAAUGUUAUGUUAUUUACAAUUUGUUCAAAGUGUAGAGACAUUUUUUGUGUAUGAGUGUGUGUGGGUGUGUGUAUGACUGAUAUGAAGACAUUUCUCUGUAUAUACAGUAAGGAAAAACUGUCUUUCAUGUUCAUGGGUAUUAUCACUUUCAUUAUGCCGGUAUCACUUGUACAAUAAUAAAAGUGUCUGAAAUCUUUUAUGCAAAAUGAUCGG